AUGCGAAGAGCACAGUCCCUCGGUAAAUUCCGAGAGAACUCCCACCCCAAGUCCCCUCCCCCUCUCCCUCGGAGGAAGUGGAGGAAGCGACCCGCUAGCCCCGUGCAAAACCUGCCGACUAAGAAAGCCAAGGCUGACUUGGCGUCUGCAACAUCUCAGCAGAACACCGACUCUGUCUCUGACACAAGAACCAUAAAGCCGAGCACCGACACUGACAAUGGCACAAGCACAACUGUGAUCACAAACCCGAGCACUGACCCCGUCGCGGACCUGCUCCGGGCAUUCAAGGGGCUGACCCCUGCUCAACAGUCCCUGUUCAUGAAGAAAGCCCCUGGCUACCUGGAAGGCUUGAGCAGCAAGCCUCUCCCCGAGGUCGGAAUCUCGAGCGAGCUGGCGGGUCAAGCUCGCGGCAUCAAGGCUUUCAGCGAGGAAGAAGCCAUUAAGAUCAUCAGCGAUAUUGAGAAACUCCCUUCUCAGAUUAACGCAUUGCAUGAACGAGCUAGGUUGGAAGAUAGCCCAUACAUCAAAGACUUAUGGAAAAAACACUAUGCAUUCCGCAUUUACAAAAAGGCUGUGUUGUCUUCCAUUCGUGACAUGAAAGAACGGAUCCGUGAUCAUCCAGAGCCAGGACAAAAGUGGCUCCAUGCCUACCUAGCAUCUGCUACCGGUGGCCUUUACUUGAAAGAAACGGCGGAGAAGAAGAGGAUAUUCGACUGGCUCAAAGCGUGA